AUGUACGAGGAUUCAUGGUACAGUAUCAUGCCCGACCUGGGCGGUCGGGGCCAUUCGAGUAGCCACAGUCAGAGUCAUGGACACCGUCGAAAGGAGUCGCUGCUCCAACAGCCCAAUGAACCUGGACAGAUAUCCGAGGUCGUAGCCCCAAUGCCCAACGUUUACGAAGAGAUCGAGAACACCAAUACGCCCCCAGAACCUACCGUCAUCCGCCGAGCGAGCUCGUACUCGGACUUAUAUCGAGUGGCGCAAGAACAACUGUCCAAGGAUGGAAGGCCACGACACAGGAAGACGGAUAAGAAUAAUCGAGCAUGGGAGGCUUUGCUGCUCCCCGACUCUAGCGUCGAGGCAGAAUUGCAUGAGCCAAAAGGUCUCGAGUCGUACGACGAACAAUUACUCGACGCCAGCCAACAAGAAUACCUACUGUAUCGCGAUCAGCUUACAUUGACGGAGCGCCAUUUGGACGGACUCAUCGAAGAUGCCAAUGCGACACUCAAGCUCCUUACCUCCCUUUCGAACUCGUUCGGAUCCGUCGAGGCUCAAACUUCAACGUUCCAAGCACAAUGCGAAGAUCUCCUGAAGGAACAACGAAGAUUGGAGGACUUGGCUGACGAAGUCGGAACCGAUCUGCAUUACUAUGCCUACCUCGAUGAUGCGACAAGGCGUCUCAAUGCACCCGGCGCUAGUCGGCUGGUGGAUGAUGCCUCGUUUGGUGAGAUGGUUGAGAACAUUGACGCGUGCAUUGUAUUCAUGGAGAAACAUGAGACAUACCGCGACCGCGAUACCUACCUUGCCCGAUACACUGCGCUUCUCACAAAGGCACUUCACCUGCUCGAACACGGCUACAAGAACACAUUGGAAAGGGUCUCGUCCGAGAUUGGUCGUCAAAUUACUGGCACAAAAUCCGAGUCCGCCCGCCAUGCUCUCGCCUAUGGCCGUUUCCAAGAGAUGAUGCUCGACUCUUUCGGCUUGAUUCCUAAUGUGCGACGAAUUGUACGGCGCGCAUACGAUUUCUAUGGCCAGCGGAACGAAUCUUGCACCCACUUUGAGACGUAUGCGAAUACUGCCAACAACAUAUUCUACACGCACCUGGUGACCAGAGACCGUGAUCUUAAAGCAAUGGCGCAGUCUGAUAUUGAGGAGUUUCACAAAGAGGUCAAGGAUCUCUCAGCUGAGACAGCAUCACGGAACUUUAUCAAGCAAUGCUUUGAGCGCAUGUACAACGAGGAGAGUCUGUUUAUGAAGCUCUUUGACGUGGAACCCAUGUGGAACCAGGCAACGGACUCGGUUUUCCAGUCUAUCAAGACCACCAACACAUCCAUCAUGCAUCCCGGCAACUUGACGCCUUUGGUGACGAACCUUCAAACGGUGCUGCACACAGCACCACUGGAGACUACCUGCAAUGUGGUCGGGUUGCUUGCUAAUGAAUACUUUGGAGCCGAUUUGGAUGACAUUGAAUCCCCCUACUUCAUCAAAUGCAAGCAGUACACUUCGCAACUCCUGGCGCAUCAUCUCUGGACAUUAACAGACAAUGCUUUUGAGGCGGAGGUUACGAAAUCGAUCACAAGGGCACCAGUUCAGGAUGCCUCGCUAAAGAUUGGCCCUGUAAUGGGUGGCGUGGCGUCUUCAAACGCCCACCCCUUGGUGAAGCAGGCCAUUAAGCUUCUUGGCAUGUAUGAACAUUGCAUGCCCAAGGAGAGAGCGGCUAAGAACAGCUCAGUCGUCUUCAAGAUUGUACGAGAGACGAUCCAGGUACUCCAGCGUGCAGAGACCAGGAUAAAGUCUUUAAAGACAGGCACCGAUCCCGACCUUUUCAUGGUCAAGAACUUGCUCAUUAUAAAGAAUGAACUUGUUUCUCUAGAGAUUGGUGAUAUCAGGAAUCAUGCUUCUUCAAUGCAGCACUUUACUCAUAUCUGGGACACACUCAGCCCUCAGAACUGGGUUGGAUUUAUCUCAAACAUUAUCGGUGGUGGUCUAUGGUCACGGGGUACUCCAUCGGUAACUGCCAAGACCUUGACAGCUGAGGACAUGAACGAGCAGCUGGAUGAGUUGUUGCGACAUUCAAUCUAUGCCUUCACACAGCGCUGGGGUACUUUGAUGAGCGACUCACAGAAUCGGAAACCUGGAGUCAAGCCGAUCGCCAAGGUGGAGACUGAGCUGGAGAACAUCCUCCAGACGGCAUUCAGCAACCAGCCCGAGGUGGUAGGCAAGCUGAUGGAGGCGAUUGAGCAGCAUGCGCAGGCGCAGAAUGAUGCGAGAGACGAGAAGCAGGGCGUGAGACGCUACUAA